AUGAAGUCGAACUUCGACAGAAAAGGAGAACUUGAUAUCCUUGAAUGGCUUACACCGAUCGACUACGGUCCUCAACACAGUGACAUCUUAAAGAGACGACAGUCAGGGACUGCGCAGUGGUUCUUAGACUCUGCAAUAUACCAGGCAUGGAUAAGCUCAAACAAGCAGAGAUUAUUCUGUCCCGGUAUUCCCGGCGCAGGAAAAACAAUAUUGACGGCAACGGUCAUUGAUGACAUUACUGCCCGAUUCCUACAUGACAAAUCCGUUGGAAUUGCGUAUGUCUACUGUGACUUCCGCCGGAAAAACGAGCAAAGCGCGGAAGGCUUAAUAACAAGUCUCCUAAAGCAAUUGAGCCAAUGCAGGCCUUCCCUCCCAGAAAUUGUGCGCAGCCUCUAUGACCGUCAUAGACAUGGACGGACCCGACCAAAAUUCGACGAAAUUGCAACGACACUCCGAACUGUGGGUGCUAUGUACUCGAGAGUAUUUAUUAUAAUCGAUGCGCUCGAUGAAUGCCAGACAUCUAAUGACUGUCGAACAAGAUUUAUCAAGGAGAUUCUGAACUUCCAGGCAACGUGCGGUGCGAAUACUUUUGCCACUUCAAGAUUCAUUCCGCAGAUCACUGAGAGAUUCAACGACUGCAUGACACUGGAAAUCCGUGCGCAUGAUCAAGAUGUUCGUGAAUAUUUAAGAAGUAGGAUAUUGCAAUGUGAAUCGAGGCUGUUAGCCUCCCACAGUGAAGAGAUACAAACUGAAAUCACGAAAGCUGUCGAUGGAAUGUUUCUGCUAGCACAGCUUCACUUCGACGCGGUAAAAUCGAAAAAAACCACGAAAAGAGUAAAAGAGGCUCUGAAAGGCCUUGCAAAGGGGUCUGAAGCAUACAAUGAUGCAUACGAAGAUGCGAUGCAGCGAAUUGAAGGGCAGGACAUGGAUUCCCGGAAGCUUGCACAUGAUGCUUUAUCGUGGAUCAACGGUGCAACGAGGCCGCUCAAUACAUUAGAACUUCAACAUGCACUUGCUGUAGAAGCAGAGUCAGAAUUCGACAAAGACAAUAUUCCGUUUCUGGAUGACAUCAUUUCUGUCUGUGCAGGCUUGGUCACAGUUGACGAAGAAAGUGAUGUCAUUCGAUUGGUACAUUAUACAGCACAAGAAUUCUUCCAACGAACGUGGACCAGGUGGUUCUCAAACGCACAUCACGGCAUUGCGACAGCUUGUGUCACAUACCUCUCUUUCAACCCCUUCAAAGCAGGCCCCUGUUCCACCGACAUGGAUUUUGAAGCGCGAUUAGACACAUACCCCCUUUUCUCCUAUGCAGCGAGGAACUGGGGUCAUCAUGUUCGGACACAACAAACCGGAAUAAGCUUGGUAGUAGCCCUGCUUGAAGACACACCCCGGCUUAAUGCCUGCGUGCAAGGCCUUUUCGCUCGCAAAGAAUUUCCAACUCACUGGAAUUAUAGCCAACAGGUUCCCAAAUUGUUUACAGGACUCCAUCUUGCAUCAUACUUUGGGCUAGAAAAUGUGGUGCUGUACAUGAUUCAGCAGGGGAAACAGUCUGAAGCUAUCGACUCGUUUGGUCGACUCCCAUUGACAUGGGCAGCCUUUAAUGGGUACGUGGGAGUUGCUCAGCACCUGCUGGAGAGAAGUACCGAGUCAGAUUCAGGAGAUAAUGAUGGCCGAACUUCACUAGCGUGGGCAGCAUGCAAUGGCCAUGAGCGAGUGGUCAAACUUCUGAUCGAGAGAGGUCUUGACCUAGGCUGGAGAGAUGCCUUCGGCCGUACUCCACUAUCAUUAGCCGCCUCGAAUGGUUUUGUGGGAGUGGUGAAGCUCCUAGUAGAGACUGGUUCAGAUCUAGAUUCUAGAGACGCAGAUGAUCGAACCCCUCUAUCAUGGGCCGCAUACAAAGGUCAUAUAACAAUUGCGCAAUUGUUGUUGGAAGGUGGUGUUGAUCCAGACUCCAAGGAUGUGGAUGGUCGAACCCCUCUUUCGUGGGCGGCCUACAACGGCUGCGAGGCAGUGGUACAGAUCCUGCUAGUACACUCUGUUGAUCCAGACUCCAAAGACGAGAUUGGACGGACUCCUUUAUCGUGGGCGGCAGAAAAUGGCCACGAGAAAGUGGUCGAGCUCCUGUUGAAGAAAGGCGUUGAAGUAACCUCAAUCGAUCAAACAGGUCGAACCCCGUUCGGCUGGGCAUCUUAUUACCGUCAUAAGACAGUGGUCGGCCUCCUCGUGGGCGAGCAACUUUGUAGGUACCCACACGCCCUUGUUUUCACCGGUGGAGCUGCUGUGAAGCAGGGUGAAUUUGAGAACAACAAACCUCGAAGCUCAGGUUCCCGUGCCCACACCCCAAACACAACAUGGUCAGGUGGCCAUGAAGUUCGAGGUCAAGACCAGCAGAAUCAACCAUUUAGGAGGCCCAGCUUAGAGAGUACCGGAAUUUCUCCAAAAAAUGGUGACAGUCAAGUGCGGCCACUAUCGCCGGAAGUCACCUCGCCUCAGACCGUGCCCUCCCUCCACUCUAAAUGGUAUUGCCGGUUGUGUCCUGAGAAAAACCGCUUGUAUACAAGCAGAGAAACCCUCCUAGGACAUAUAGAUUUGGCUCACGCUGUUCGGUUUUAUUAUUAUUGCACGGAACCUCAUUGCCCUGAUGCUAUUGCACGCAACCCUAAUUUCAAUAGACUUGACCGAGUUCAUCAUCAUUAUAUGACGAAACAUGGAAGGCGGACAACCGAUCAGGAAAUCCACCAAUCCCGACGAGAAGAGCCCCAUCCUCGUUUCUGUCUAAUUUGCUAUACAUUCGUUCACUCGUGGCGGGAGUUCUACAAUUGUGUCGUUCGCCAUUGUCAGGAUCAGUGCUCUUCGACUGUCAGCGAUGAACAGAGUGCCGCUGGCUCACAAAAGAGAAGGAAAAUCAAGGAUGAGAUUGGAGGAUCACUCACUGCUCCAGAAUUGACGCGUGACGAUCAUGCACCGCAAGAUCUUCAGAUGCAGCUGAUGCUGCUCGAGCAGCAAAACAAACGUCUACGUCUAUCAAGAGAAACGUGA